AAUCAAUACUAGUCUCGCAGCAAUACCCGAUAUGUUUACGUCAAGUGUAAUAUUUACUGUUGUUAUUGCUGUUCUAAUCAAUUGCCGUGCAUCAGUGCCCGAUGAAUCAUUAGUCAACCAUGUUUUCUUAUCUAACGAUCCAUUCGAUGAUGAUUUUACAAAAGCCAUUGUGCAUAUGGAUAGAACACAACUGAAAAAUAUACGCAUAAUGAAUGAACAAGAAUUUAUGAUUUACCUCAAUAGUGAUAAUAAAACAAUAAAUAGUUUGGUACGUAUGGGAAAUCCUACUGCAACCAUCUUUGAUAAUAACAAAAUAGAUGAUCAGUUGAUCGGUCAAUCAGAAAUUGAUCAACAAUGGGAAGAUUUAGUUGUUUCUGGACCAUUGGUUAUAAAUUAUAUUGGUAAUUUAAUGGUUAUUGCUAGUAAACGUGAUUUUCCAUUUAAACCACAAAAUGUUAAUCACGUUUAUAAAUAUAUUCGGUAUCCACAGUCCUUUCGUACAACAUUCAUACAGCUGGCUAAUGAUAUGUAUAAUGCAUUUUUAGUUGCUCAUACUAGUAUGGAUCGUAUACAAUUGAAUAUGGAACAAGUACCAAGACAUAUAAAAACAACAUUAAAGUUAUUAACAACGGCACCACCUACACUAAUUUCGUCAUUACUACCAUUGUCAAUAUCAAGUAUUGAACAUAUAGCUACUAACUGUGCUCUAUUAGCUAAUUCAACUGUUGCGAAAUUUACUUAUUUAAAAGAUGUUUUACAAGAAAUCAUUGAAGUUAGUCAUGUUACAAUAGGUACCAACGAAAAUAUUUUACAUGAAUUAGAAGUAUUAUAUGAUCAAUCAGUUCAACAACAACAAUUAACUAAUAAUGCCAUACAAGGGAUUAAACAAAAAUAUGAAGAAGCAAAACAAAUUUUACAACAAGCUCAAAACGAUUAUUCACAAGCUUAUCAUGCUAUACCAACUACAAGAGGAUUAUUCAGUUCGAUCGGCAAGAUUGUUAAAAGGGCUUUUUCUGUUAUUACUGCUCCAUUCAAAAUUCUCGGAUGUCUUUUCGGACUUUGUGUUGUUGAUAAUACAACAGCUGAUAAUACAGCAGUUGAUAAUACAGCAGUUGAUAAUACAGCAGAAAAUGCUAGAAAAACAGCUCAGUUAGCAUUAGAUCGAUUGAAAGAAGCGGAAAAACAUUAUGAUAAUUAUUAUACACAGUUGCUAGCAGAACAAAACAAAGUAGUUAGUAUCAUCAAUAGUAUGACUAGAUUAGAUUUAAGUAAAGUUGAUACAGAAGAAUUAAUUAGUAUAUUAUAUGAUGCAGCAAGACAAAUUAUUCUGAUUAUUUCUGAGUGGGAUAAAUUACUAAGGUUUUUUACAAAACUAUCAACACAAGCCGAUCAAACACAAAACGUGAUUCUGAAUGAAUUUGUUAAACAAAUACAAUCUGUACAAGAACAAAAUUUAUUAGUAGAUGAUGCUAUGCGAGAAUUUUUUGUACAAUUAUUAAUAGAACCGGCUGAUUUAAUUGAUCGUGAAUCACAUUUGCUUUAUUUAAUGUCAAAAACUUAUUAUGAUGUAUCAAACGACUAUAUGAUGGAUAAAUUAGCCAGUUUAUCAACAUUACUCUUGAUACAACAUGAUAAUGAGCGUCAACGAUUAUUAGAACAAAUAGCUAACGAUACAACAACCACAUCAGCUAAAGUAUCGAGAUUAGCAUUUGGACGUCGACAAGAAUAUCAACAACGUAAUAAAGCAAGACAACAAGAAUAUAGUCAUUUUAUUGAACAACAACUACAAUAG